AUGCCAGCUGGAGUUAUCCACUUUGUGGCUGAGACGGGGCAGAGCGAGAAUGGCCUGCCGGGCAAGAAGAGGCUGUCGAGGAUAAACUCCCAUGUCGCCCGAUUCUCCCAUAACCGCCGGAAAAACAACAAGAACAACAACUCGACCACUGUCAGCACAAUCUCUUCUCCUCUGCAGGUUGACUUUGUUUUCGAAAGCCCGCGGACUGAUGACUCCCGAUCAUCCAGCGACAGUCCCAAGAGCGUCACUCCAUACCCGGUGCAGCUUGUCGCUGAAGACACCAAGGUCCCGAAUGUAUUUCAAGUAGAACCAUCAGAGCGUCGCCCCAGCACCAGGCCCCUUGGAUCGAACGGGUGCGAGGAUAAUCAGUUGACUCGAUAUAACAGCGCACCCGUUGGCAUUCCCGUGCCCACUGAUGAAGACGAAAGCUAUGGCAAAGCACUCGCCAGGAGGCAUUCCGAGGGACCCACCUCGUUCGGUCGUGUCCCCCGAAUUGGCUCCAUGGGGUCGACAUUCCAGCUGGGGAAUUCCUUCGAUCACUAUGAGAGGUAUCUUCUCAAUUACUACUUCACAGAACUGCCAACCCAGAUGUUCGGGUUCCACAGGGACGCUCUGUAUUGCCCCUAUAGAGCAGACGCUGCUCGCACAAUACAGAGGUCUCCCUCUGCGCUGCAUUGGAUCUUGGUAAUCGCAGAACAGCAGAUGAAUAAAUACGCACCUGAGGCGUCGAGGUCUGUCACGAUCGAACAAUCUAUUCUGAAACGUCGAGCGCACGGCUACGGGAUAUUGAGGACUCUGCUGAACAACCCCAAUUUUGACCUCGAAGACGCCAUCACGACUUUGAGGUUUGCGAUAUCCGCCGAGUGCUACGUGUUCCAUGCGGACGCCUGCACACAACAUCUCCGAGCUUUGGAUUCCUUUUUACAACAACCCGGAAUCCUAAACUAUUUCGCGUCCAACAUUGACAAGACGGCUCUGUCCCUAGCGGGGUUAAAGCGAGUCUACGUAAACGCACCUAUCCGAAUCAAAUCGCCCACUGAAUUCGACACCGUGAGGACCAUGAUUUUCCUCGAUCUGCGACGCCAGCAAACGCUCGCGAAGCAGAACCAGGCAGAACUGAAGCGCCAUGACAUGACGACGUACCUGAUGCAGCAUGACGACAAUGACAAGGAUCAAUCGGGCUCAGACCUGUAUGCCUCGCAAGGGCCCUCACAAGAGUCUCUUCUGGGUCAUUACAUCAAUAUCAAAAGGUCGACAUUAUUUUCUACAUAUACCGCUGAGACAAUGAACACCACGUGCGAUCCGCAUAUCAAGUAUGCGCUCCAAGCAGGACUGUUUACGUUGUUCUAUGGGUUGAACAUGACGCUUGCGAGUUUUGGGAAGCAGAAUCUCUCCAGCAAGAUCAUGUUCUUGCAACGACUCAAAUCUGUUCUGGAUGGCAGCUCAGAGAGAAGCUUGACUGCCAGCGCUAUUAUGGGCGUUGUUGACCGGGUCAGGGAGCAAUACUACGCUGAGUGUUUCGGCAAAGAGGAAAUGGUUCUCAAGGAAGUCGACAUGUGCACUUACGGGAUCAAUGUUCUCAAGAUUUUUGCCCUGUUGGAUGGGGCUGCUCGAAGACAGCUCACGACCGCCGUACGAGCAUGGCUUUUAAGUGACAUCAGUACCGACAUCAACAUGGAGAAGGAGGACCUUGCUGAAAAACAUUUCGCUGCCUUGGAAGACCAGGUUUAUCGCGCUUGGUGGAAGGAGCAUCUGACCUCUCAGGCAUCAUACUCGUCGACAAUGUCCCCAGAACCUUGA